AUGAAUCAAGAAUUGCAGGCUUUGGAGAAAAAUGACACUUGGGAACUUUGUGAGUUACUUAAAGGGAAGAAGGCUAGAGUACAUGAUCAUUAUCUCUUUACCCGAACAGAUUCAGAUGAUUUUCUAGCUCUUUUAAUCUAUGUAGAUGAGGUCAUCAUAACUGGAAACAAUUCACAGGCCGCUGACAAAGUCAAAUGUGCCCUGCAUGAUAAAUUCAGUAUCAAAGACCUUGGUUUCAUGAAAUAUUUCCUUGGUUUGGAUGUAGCUCUAUCAGAAACUAGUACACUUAUCAGCCAAAGGAAAUUUAUCUUAGAUGUUUUGAAGGACACUAGCACGAUAGCAGCUAAAGCAGUGUCUAUGCCUCUUCCUAAGGGUCUUCAAUUAGCACUAGAUGAUGGAAAGUUAUUGACAGAUCCUGAUAAGUUUGGAAGAUUCACUGGGAGACUUUUAUAUGUGAACAUCACCAGGCCUGAUAUUAAUUACUCUGUGCAACAUUUGAGUCAGUUCAUGGCUGCUCCUAUGAAUCCCCAUUGGGAUGCAGCAUUACAUUUGCUUCGGUAUCUCAAGUCUUGUCCUCCUAAGGGACUUUAUUUCCCUGUGCAUUCUGAUCUUAAGCUCAGAGCAUUUUGUGAUGCAGGUUGGGGUUCUUGUGUAUUUUCUUGCAAGUCACUUACAGGGUUUUGCAUGUUUCUUGGAGAUGCUUUGAUUAGUUGGAAAACAAAGAAGCAGAACAUUGUUUCUAAAAGUUCUGCUGAAGCUGAAUACCGUAGCAUGACUGCUACUGUCAUUGUUCAGUUUCCCAUCUCCUUGAAGUGUGAUAAUCAAGCAGCUAUUCAUAUAGCUAAUGACCCUGUUUUUCAUGAAAGGACUAAGAAUUUGGACAUUGAUUGUCACUUGGUUAGGGAACAAUUGCAGCGUGGUUUUAUUUUGCCUUCUAAUGUUUCUUCUGUUCAGCAACUUGCAGAUGUGUUUACAAAGCCUUUACUUACUGCUUCUCAUCAUUCGUUAGUAUCCAAGUUGGGUCUCGUGGACCUUCCCCGAGAUCCAACUUGA